AACAACGUCAAAAAUAUUUUUUAGUUGUCAUUUUGAAUUGUGGGAGUGUGGUGUCGCUUGUGAUUUAAAUUGAAAUUACGCUGUUAAAAUAAAAUUGUACAGCGUAUUAUAGAUGCAUUAACAAAGUAUCCGCUCGAUACUUCAUAAAUUGAAAAUAUGAGAUCGUGGUAGAAUGUAUUUAAUUUACAUUGCUUUCAAAUAACAAAAUAUUAUUUAACAACGUUCGUCAUGGCUCGCUUCCUGUCGGAGGAUAAAUUAAAAGGUUUCGAAAAAUACAAAUAUAACUCAGUGGAUACUAGCGUCCUGAGCAAUUAUGUUAUGCACCCAUUUUGGAACUGGUGUGUCCAGUUUUGUCCAGUAUGGGUGGCUCCCAACCUGCUGACUUUCACGGGCUUCCUACUCACAGUGCUCAACUUCUUUGUCUUCUCAUAUUAUGACUACGGUUUCUACGCCUUGACUGCCGAGAAUGUCUCCAAGGAUUACAUUCCAUCAUGGGUGUGGGCCGUUUCAGCAGUAAACCUUUUUGUGGCAUAUACGCUAGAUGGCAUCGACGGCAAGCAAGCUCGCCGGACCGGCACUAGUGGACCACUGGGGGAGCUGUUUGAUCAUGGACUGGACUCCUAUUCUGCCGUCCUCAUACCAACCUUCCUCUACAGUAUAUUUGGCAGAGAUGAAGUGAGCACGCUAAGGUUUCUGUUUCUCAUAUGGAACAUCUUCUUCAACUUCUACCUGACGCACUGGGAGAAGUACAACACUGGCGUCAUGUUCCUGCCGUGGGGAUACGACUUCACCAUGAUUGGUUCCUGCAUCCUGCUACUAGUGACAUCAGUGUUCGGUCCUGAGGCGUGGCACAUUCCCUUACCCGGUGGCAUCACGCCGGGCGUCGUGUUCGAGUUCGUUCUCUAUUUCUCCGCUAUGCUCACCAGCCAGACGGUCAUAUUGUGGAAUAUUUACAAAUCUUAUCGUGACGGUACCGGCAAGAUGCGUUCGUUUGGAGAAGCAGUGCGUCCCCUGGUGCCGCUGUUCAUAUUCUUCGCGCUGAGCUCGGCGUGGGCCAUCUACUCGCCCACCGACAUCAUCAACAGAGCGCCGAGGAUCUUCUACAUACUCACAGGAACUAUAUUCUCUAAUAUUAACUGUCGGCUAAUAGUGUCACAAAUGAGCGACACUCGUUGCGAGGUGUUCAACGGUCUGCUGAUCCCGUACGCGGCAGUGAUGGCGGUGGUGUUCGGCUGCGCCGUGUCGCCCAACACCGAGCUCUUGUUGCUCUCUGCGCUGUGUGUUGCCAGCUCUAUCGCGCAUAUCUACUACGGUACCAAAGUGGUACAAGAAAUGUGUGAUCACUUCAACAUCGAAUGUUUCCAUAUCAAACCAAAGAUAAAAUAAGUUAUUUAUAAUAGAUUCCAAUUGGAAGUUGUGAAUUAAUGGUGUAAACAUAACUUAUAUGUCCCUAAUACUCUUGUAUUGUGGUUGUAUUUAGACAUAAAGGUAUGCGAUCAUGUACCUUCCACUUUCAUAUUUACGGAAGUCAACAAGAUGUGUUAUGCCAAUUUUGCCAGUGGAAAUGGAGCAGAUUUUUAUUUACUUUUUAUACUGUUGUUACUUUUUUUUUGUUUCUCGUUACCCAAAUGAAAUAUGAUGUGGAUUGUAAAUACGUAUUUUCAUAUAUUCUACAUUUGAAUGAAUUACUGUGAAAUGGACGCGUACCUUUAUUGAACACUACCGUUAAGUACUUGCAGCUGUUUAGUGAGUAGACUAGCACAGUUUAAGGCCCUUUUAAACAACCGUAUACUUUUGAUUUUAGAAAUCAAACCUGCCGUUUGGAGCAAGCAUUUAUCUUAAUAUAAUAAUUUAUCCAAUUCUAUUUUCUGAGUGAUAUUUCAGAUAUAUUAGUUCUAUAAACUGAGGACCAACAAACAAAAUCAACUGAUUUUAAGGAUGCAUUAAACAACUAUGGAUUUAAUUGCUCUAAUUUUUUAAGUCUUGUAAAUAUAACUUUUAGUCCAGGGUAAAGUUUCGUAAUUAUGUUACUAUGUUUGUAAUAAUAUUGGGCGGGCAUUUAUUGAACAUUAAUUUAAGAACUUUUAGUCCUCAUAGAUUAAGACUAAAUUAAAACGUUACUAGUAACGCUAGUCAUGUUUAUUAGAUAAUAAAUUGUUACUCAUGCCAUAUAAUAUGUCAUACAAUAGAUGUGUAAUAUCAUGCCAAAUGUUUCCAUUUAGAUAAAAAUUUAGUCAAUUUUAUCAAAUUAUAUACUUUCUAUUUAGUAGGUGUCUAGUGUACAUGUAUUUUUAUAUACUGAUCUUCUUGUCGUAACUCAAUGUUAUAGAUAGCAUGUAAUGUUAUAUUGUUAGCUAAACUUGAUAAUGAUCUGAAAUCCAAAUCUCAGGUUGAUAUACGCGUUCCUCCUUUAUAUACAUAGAAAAUUAUUAGUUUUUAUUUGUGGGACAAGGUGUGAGUAUUUUCCAAUGUUUUGUGAUGGAUCUAGCAUGUAUAGUUGUAUUCUCGCUAGUUACUACUAGAUAAUUUAUAAUUUUCACUCAGUACAGCUGUGUACGUAAAUCUUG